CUUAAUAUCGAAAGAAAUUUCCACUGAUAUUUUAAUAAUAAUUACAUAUUUUUUCUUGUUGAUUCAAAAAUUUGAUAACCAUGAAUUUUAUAUGGUAUAGAUUUGAACAUAAUAAAACGUAUUGUUCAUUUAUUAUGUUUAUGUGUAAUUAAUUCAAAUAUUUUUUAUAUUAUAUUACCAAGUCGUAACUUCAAAUAUGUAAACAACAAUGGCGUUUUCUGUGAACAUUUCGGUAGAAGCACCGAUAGAAAAUCAAAUUCAAGAAAUCACUUAUGAUGGGCAAGAAAUUUAUCAAGCACCUCUUACAUUGUCGGAAAAUUUGGCAAAAAUUGCCCAAAAGAUAGAUUUUAGUAAGACUAAUGGAGAGGAAAUUAAAAAAGAACCACCUGAGAAUGGAGAUAAAAGUGAAGAGGACGCAAAAGAUCCAGCAUCUUUUCAAUCUUCAUUGUGGCCAUGGGAUAGUGUUAGAAGCAAAUUGAGGAAUGCGCUAACAGAGGUAUGUGUAUUAGCAGAUGUCCUUACAAUAGCAAAAGAAAAACAUUAUUUAGUUUUGGAUCCUGUACCUCAAGAAUCAGUUGAAGUAAAACCUAUGGUACAAGUAUAUGCUAGAAAAAAAGCAUUAGCAGGUGCUGCUUCGGUUCUCAUGACGGGAGCAGAAAGACUACGAAAUAGUCAAAAUGAAUUAGCUAGGAAUCGUAAUACACCAGAUUUUCACAUUGAAUUGUUAAGAUUAAGACAAAAUUGGCGCUUAAAGAAAGUAUCCAAUUCUAUAAUUGGAGAUCUUAGUUAUAGAACAGCUGGCUCUAAGUAUACUCAAACUGGUAUGUUUGAAGUAACAAAAGCGGAAGAAGAAGAAAAACCAAAUGGUAGUCCUCCUGCUUCACCUAAUUCUAGUAGUAAUACAACAGGACAAUCUCAUGGUCCAUCCAAUUCAAAAGCAUCUGCAUUGCGUGUUACUAUACCUAGUGAAUUACAAGGAGUAGCUUAUAUUGAAGUAUUAUGUCAGAAAGAUCAGGAAGACCUGUGUAGUGCUAACAUUAGUUUACUCAAUAGUAGUGCGCAUAGUUCCAAUGCAGAUAUGCAUUGGCAACAGAAGUUAGAAGCAGCCCAAAAUGUUUUAUUCUGUAAAGAACUAUUUAGUCAAUUGGCAAGAGAGGCUGUACAUUUACGUGCGCCAAUUCCGCAUAUGGUUGUUGGGAAUCAAAUUAUGGCUACUGUGCUUCCAGGAAUUCAACUGAUCAUAGGUUUGUGUCAUAGUACUGGGAAUGACAAAAAGCCAACCGCCCCUCCACCUCACAAAACUGAUCACGAUCAUGUAUUAGAACAUUCCUUGCAUCAGUUGCUACGUGAAGUACAUCAUAAAAAUACUCAUCAUCCAUUUCCUCAUCCUUCAUCGGGUCCUCUUGGACCUAGUAAACGCCGAUGUUUGGCUGGUCCAACAGCGGCAGAUAGAUAUGAACUUCUAGAAAUGUCAAAGAGUCAAACAUUACUAGAACAAAUCAUUCAACAAGCUCAACACUUUUUCAUGAGAUUACGUACUGAAUAUGUUCUGGACACAAUAGCAAAAGAAGUUAAGGAUCCUUUAAUUGUAUCUCAUUGGAUGGCAUUAAAUUCCCCUACGCAGUCAUGUGUCAAAAUUAAUAUAUUAACACACGGAUACGACAGUUUAUAUCGUACUUCGUUGAUCGUUCAUGUAGGAGAAAAAUCACUUAAAUGUGUCUGUAGAGAUGGCAGAGUAAUGCAUAUGAGUUAUGAACCUCAAGAAUUAAGAGAUUUAAUUUUUUGUCAGAUAUAUCAACAUCAAAUAACUGCAGUACAAUCUUUAGCAAAAUGUAUGGGGUGGCAACUUCUAGGUAAUAGUUCUCAUCUCGGUUUAGGUGCAGUUGAACCUUUAGGAAAUGCAAGUAGUUGUAUUUUAGCUUCGCCAAUCGGUGACAGAAUGAUAGCUGUAAGAUGUGAACCCCAAACAGGAGUACAAGUGGCAAUUGCACAUUCUCCUAGAAAAGAUUUCUUUCCGGGACAAUUAGUACGAGAAAGGAAAUGGGAAAAUUUAGGUGGUUCUUUUAAAGAAGUUAGAUGGGAUAAGAUGGAAGGAAAAAAUUUUUUGAAUAAGAUGGAAUUGCUCAUGGCUUCCUUAACAAGUAGUUCAUAGACGUGUAAUAUAAAAAAGGACUCAUUUGUAGUUCUACACUUCACAGGGUGCAAAAUAUACAGAUCAUAUUAUUUUAAGCAAUUGUACAAAGUAUUAUACUUCUUAGGUUUCGAUGCAAAAUAUUCCUAUUUCUGAAAAUCCAAGAUAAUGUUAAUAAUUGAAAAGUUUUUAAAAGCAGCUUCUCUCGAGCAAUUGCAGUGGUGUAACAUAUUUUAAAUUUCAGUAUACUUAUUUUUUAAUGUUGAUACAAUGAACUUUUUAUUAAACAGACUUUAUAAGAUAAUAUUGAAUAUCAACUUGUUAUAUUUUUUAUGUAUGAUGUAAAAAAGAAUAGAGAAUUCUGAGAGUGCUGCUCUUCAAAAAGUAUAGUACUUAUAAAGUCAAUAUUUUUGUAAUACUUAAUUUUACGAUAUUGAGAUAGAGAUUCUACCAAAUUCUUAUUAAUCUAAGUAUACUCUCCUAUACUUAGUUCGUAUGUAAAAAGUUAUUAUAGACGUUAUAUAUUAAAAAGUUAUUCAUUUAUGUAUUGAAGCAUCCAAGGAUUAUAGUUGUGAUAUUAAUAGUCAAAAAGUACGCAUUGCAAUUUGAUCUCUAACUUCUGAAUGACAAAGAGUAAUAUUGAAUAUGCAGUGGCAAAUGGUUUUUAUACAAUAAAUUGAUUUGUUAUUUUAUUAAUUAAAAAAAUGAGCAUAACAGUGAUGUUAAUUUUUUUCUUUUCUUUUUUUUCUUUGGUUUUUCUUUUUUCUUUUUUUCUUUUUUCUUUUUUGGAAGAUAGUGGUAUACAAAAAAUAUCUUAAUAUUUUUAUGAAUUUUAUGUACAUUACACAUUUACUUGAUUUCCGAGAUGAUGGUAAAAAAUAGAUCAAUGCACCUGCGAUUGUACAAAAAUGGUUUUUAUUUGAAUCACACAAUAUAUGAAAUGUAAUAUGAGUGGGGUUAAUAAACUACUGAGAUAUGACAUGUCGUAAAUGAAUUAGGAUGCGAAAUAUAACAUGAUCCAGUAAUAAUCUAAA